AUGUCCAUCCCGCCCAUCGCCAAGGCCACGUUGCAGACGGCAGUCAUCAACGCUGGCUCGAACGUGCUGGCGCAGUGUAUCAAAGCCUAUCGAAAUGAGACUCCCUUCAUACUAGACCCGGGCGCAGUAACCCAGUUCACAACCUGCGCUCUGAUAGUCUCACCACUAGGCUACCUCUGGUUGGAGAAUCUAGAAGCCUGGUUCCCCGGCAAAUCAGAAGCAAAAGCGAAACCAAGAGAUAAGACAUGCGCCAAGCCCGCAGAGAAAGAUGGUGAAGCUUCAUUCAAAGUCCGCAACACAAUCGCCAAGAUCAUCAUUGACCAAGUUGUUGGUGGCGCAUGGAAUACCGUGCUUUUCAUAACUGUCAUGGGGAUGCUUCGAGGUCUAGAUAUGCAAGAUAUCCAAUCGCAAAUUUUGCAGGACUUCUGGCCGAUCAUGAUCGCCGGCUUCAAGUUGUGGCCGUUUGUCUCGAUUCUCAACUUCACCGUUGUACCCCCCAGCCAGCGAUUGCUUGUUGGUAGUUUAUUUGGUGUUAUUUGGGGGAUUUAUCUCAGUCUGGUCUCCGGGUAG